CUGUCCAACCGUCACCGGCUCUCCCCGCACCUUCACCGCACCGCCGGCUGCAGGACUCGCUUUCGACCAUUGCGAUAAUUGUCUGAUUCUUAAAUUGCCAAACAUUACUUCAAGAAGAUGUUUGCUAAGAUAUCAAAAUUAAUCUCCAAACCGAAGAUACCAAUCAAAGUAUUUGACCCUGUUGCCAUUGAAUCAUACAUUCAAAGUGAACUUCAUACGGCUGUCCGUGGAGGCAAUGAGGAGUUGACAGCUUUGUUGUCCGUAAAAACAUUUAAUUUCAAAGAGACUGACAAUCAGGGACGAACAAUACUUCACUUUGCAGCUGCUAUGAAUAAUUUGGAUGCUGUUGAAUUGUUAUUGAAAAAAAAUGUUCUUAUUGAUAAGAAAACUUUUGGGGAUGACCAAACAGCAAUACAUCAUGCUGCAAAGAACAAUGCAACCAGAACAUUACGAUAUCUGUGCCAACAUGGUGCCAACAUUCAAUCUCGAGAUUAUCGAUUAAGGACACCACUUUUCUUAGCAGCAGAAUAUGGUCACCAGGAGUCAGCUAAAAUACUUAUGGAUUAUGGUGCUGAUAUUAAAUCAUGUGACAGUUCAGGUCAAUCAAUUUUCUCGCUUAUGAUGGUGAAUAUGCCUGCUAUGGUUGAGGAAGGCUUGAAUCAGCUUUAUUCAUACAGUCCUGACUACCUGUACUCAUACUUUUAUCUCAAGCCUUUGGAGCCAUUUUACAACAACAAUAUAAGAAGUGAACAUUCAAAGAAGCCUCUGGAAAUCUGAAAUUAAAACAGAAAAUACUGGAAAAACUUAGCAGGUCUGGCAGAAUCUUUGGAAAGAGAUACAGUCUCCGCUCCGAGCCGCUGCCCCAGCUCCAGGUCCCGCAGUCUCCGCUCCGGGUCCCACAGUCUCCGCUCCGGGUCCCGCAGUCUCAGCUCCGAGCCCCGCUGCAUCAGCUCCAGGCCGCCGCCGAAAGCCAGAAUGCCGCACCAGCAAGUCGGGCACCGCUGCCUCAGCCCCGAAGAAGGCCAGCCUCUCGUUGGUGAGUCCUGGCUGGCUCUGCCUCCGGAGCCUCGGGGUCGGUCGCAGGCUGGAGGCCGCCAGCUCCGCCAUUAGGCCUCAGCGCAGACGGAGGCAGAGAAGGGGGAUACGACACGAAAAAGUUGCAUUCCCCUGAAGGAAGAGACAGAUGUUUCACCCCCCCUCUAACACAACCCAACAAACUAAAACUUAACCAAAACAAGACAAAAAAAACCAACAGAAAAAAGUAAAAACAAACGGACUGCAGGCGAGCUGCAGCUGUUAACAGUGUCGCCACUUACGGAAGCCAAAAGGACUUGAGACAUUUGUAUAUCACAACAGAGAGAAUCACUGUUAUGCCUGAGCUGUUUGUUCGUGAUGGCAAUCCCAUCCUUUGAAUAAGUAGUUCUUCUGAUUUGUCUUUCAGAAGAAGGAACUGUAUAACUACCUUCUUUUGGCUUUAGAUCAAUAUGACCAGACCAUCAGAGCCAGUUGAAUAUAAUUAGCAUCUCAAAUCUGGGGAUACUAAUCUGGCAGUUUAUGAUAUCAGUUCAUUUAUCCUGUCAGUGGAUUUUGUAGAGAGAAUAUAGGUGAUAUAAGGAGAAUGGGGAUCAUUAAUAAUUCUUCAUUCAACCAAGAGUAUGUUGGUAGGUGAUGGAUGGUAAACUUUAUCAUUUAUGUCUGCCUCAUUGAAGGUUGGCUCCUGAGAAACUGAGAAUAGUACACAUUCUCCAGUCAGUUAAUGGCCUUUAAUUUGUUGGUGUCGGAUAGUAUAAGUAAUUUACUUUACAGAUCUUUAGUGUAGGGCCAUUUUUCUUGUAUGUUUCAUUUAACAGUAAGAACAUACCAGGCAAUUUUAAACCAAGUCAUUGUGAGCAUCUUUGAGAAAGGGGACCAAUAUGAUCCUUCUGAACAUCACUCUCUGUGAAUUUAGAUUGUGCUCAGUUCCCCAUUGAUGUAAGUGGCAUAAAAGGGUACUCGCUAAAGAGAAAACAUUUUGAUUCGUUGCCACCCAGAUGCACAAUGAAAACAUUGGAAGGACUACAUUUCAAUACUUGCUAGACAGGAUUUAUACUGUACAAGAGAGAUUAUUUAAUUGGGACAAAAUACAUGAACAACAGGAAUAAAACCAAGACAAUGACAGAAAACAAGAAGAAGAAACACAACAGUGAUUGUGAAGAGACUUAUGAGCAAGAGCAGUACAAUCAGUGUGGAGACUCAUUAACAACCACACAAUAAUCAGUGUCAGAAAUAGGAGAAUGGGUUCCUGUACAUCAAUAAUGCACACACAUCUACUUCCCUGUAUAUCUGCCAACUUUUUUCUUUCUGGCCAGUUUCCCCUCUAGUCCCUGGCUUUAUCUGCCAUACUUCCAAGGCAUGUGCAGGAAGGAAUUGCAGAUGCUGGUUUACUCCGAAGAUAGACUAAAAAUGCUGGAGUAACUCAGCAGGUCACGCAGCAUCUGUGGAGAAAAGGAAUAGGUGACAUUUUGGUUUGAGACUCCAACAAUUUACUUCCAAUGCACUUCCAAUUCUAUCUACUUCUAAUGCAGUUCCAAUUCAAAAAAUGCAUCCACUGGAAUCACAAUCAUAAGGAAUUUCAAAGUAUCAUAAUGGCAAUCACAGUCUUGUGGUGAAUAGAAUCACGAUUGUUAAUGUGAACUUUGAAAUUAAUGCUUUAUAGUUGUUUCAUAUAUUGAAGUAAGCUUUUUUG